GCGCAGCUAAGGCUCUGCCUGUGCGCGCCCCCUCGCUCUCGCUCUGGCAGCAGCCAGCGGCAGGAGAGCGCGUGGCAAGCAGCGCCUCGUUCCCUUGCUCCCUGCCUCCCUCCCAGCACUUGGACCGCGGCGCUGACUCUGCCUGAGUGUCUCGGCUGCUUCCAGCCAGGAGGCUCGCACUUGCCUCCCCCCUACCCUUCCUCCCUCCCUCCCCAGCUGACUCCAACUGCUCCUUCUCCAGCUCCUCCUCCUCCUCUUCCACCUCCCAUUCUGGAGAGGAUUACCAUCCUCAGCUGGGAGAGUGCAGUUCCUCGGGGGCCUGUGUGGAAUAAAACACAAUUCUUUAUCUGACUGUUAGGAGAGGGAAGAGAAGACUCCUCAGGGUUUCCAAAGAGGUCCGGGCUGGCUACCUUAGAAUAUAAAUUUGCCUCUGAGGACUGCAUCAUCCCAUGUAUGUUGGGAAAUCUUGAGGAGUUUGAUACUUCUAAUCCUCCAGUCAUUGAUUGCCUUGUGAGUUUAGAGUUGUAAAGUGGUGGGGAUAAAAGUCAACCACUUCCUGGCCCUUGAUAUUCUAGUUAAGAGUAUCUGACUGACAGCAUGUUGGCACCAGCAGCGUGGGAACCCAUCAGCCUCAGCUCCAGGUCUCUGUCCUGAGACGACAACAGGAUGUGCCUUGGAGAGAGGUCUCAGGGUGGAGAACUUUUCAUUGAAUUUCAUGCCUGUGAGCUCAUGGUGUGCUCCUGUUUAAGAAAACUGUGAACUUAGAAAACAGAUAAAUGAACAGGUGUAUAUUGGACCAUUCUUUCUGUGAGAAGUCUGAUGAGCACCACUGGGAUCUGAGGAGCAAGCUCUGAAAGCCCAUCAGCUGAAAUUUCAGACCAGACAGACUUGCAGUGGCUUCUGGGCCCGUGAGAACGAGGCUGCCAAGGCUUGCUGGUGCCAAGCUGCAGAAUGAUUCACGUAGCCAGGCCAGUGGUGGUACUCCUGUACUUCGUCCUCUAUGCUGAGGCCGAGACACCUCCAAGAUUUACUCGAACUCCCGUUGACCAGACAGGGGUCUCUGGAGGAGUCGCUUCAUUCAUUUGCCAAGCAACAGGAGACCCAAGACCGAAAAUUGUCUGGAACAAAAAGGGAAAAAAAGUCAGCAACCAGAGAUUUGAGGUAAUAGAGUUUGAUGAUGGAUCCGGAUCUGUUCUCAGAAUUCAACCUUUACGAACUCCUCGAGAUGAGGCAAUCUAUGAAUGUGUUGCCUCCAAUAGUGUUGGAGAAAUAAGUGUAUCUACCAGGCUCACUGUUUUACGUGAGGAUCAGAUUCCCCGGGGCUUCCCUACCAUAGACAUGGGCCCACAGUUAAAGGUGGUUGAGCGUACUCGCACAGCCACCAUGCUCUGUGCAGCCAGCGGUAAUCCAGAUCCAGAAAUCACUUGGUUCAAAGAUUUCUUACCUGUGGACACAAGUAACAACAAUGGACGCAUCAAACAGUUACGAUCAGAAUCUAUUGGUGGUACACCAAUAAGAGGCGCCCUCCAAAUUGAACUGAGUGAAGAAUCCGACCAAGGAAAAUAUGAGUGUGUUGCUACCAACAGCGCUGGUACUCGCUAUUCUGCCCCUGCCAAUCUUUAUGUCAGAGAGCUGCGAGAAGUUCGCCGGGUCCCACCCAGAUUCUCUAUCCCACCUACUAAUCAUGAAAUCAUGCCAGGCGGGAGUGUUAACAUCACCUGUGUUGCUGUGGGGUCACCAAUGCCAUAUGUAAAAUGGAUGCUAGGGGCAGAAGAUCUGACUCCUGAAGAUGACAUGCCAAUAGGACGAAAUGUCCUAGAACUAAAUGAUGUAAGGCAGUCAGCAAAUUACACUUGUGUCGCUAUGUCCACCCUUGGUGUCAUUGAAGCAAUAGCACAGAUCACAGUCAAAGCCUUGCCCAAGCCUCCUGGAACUCCUGUAGUGACAGAGAGUACAGCAACAAGCAUUACUUUGACGUGGGACUCAGGGAAUCCUGAGCCAGUUUCUUACUAUAUUAUUCAGCACAAACCUAAAAAUUCUGAGGAGGCUUAUAAAGAAAUUGAUGGAGUGGCGACAACACGCUACAGUGUUGCUGGCCUAAGCCCCUACUCUGAUUAUGAAUUCCGGGUGGUCGCUGUCAACAACAUCGGGCGAGGUCCGCCCAGCGAGCCCGUCUUAACUCAGACCUCAGAGCAAGCACCUUCCAGUGCCCCUCGGGAUGUACAGGCUCGAAUGUUGAGUUCAACCACCAUUUUGGUUCAGUGGAAAGAACCUGAAGAACCCAAUGGGCAGAUCCAAGGUUAUAGGGUUUAUUACACCAUGGACCCUUCUCAGCAUGUCAACAACUGGAUGAAGCACAAUGUUGCUGACAGCCAGAUCACUACUAUUGGGAACUUAGUGCCACAGAAAACUUACUCCGUGAAGGUCUUGGCUUUUACCUCAAUUGGAGAUGGUCCACUUUCAAGUGAUAUUCAAGUGAUCACUCAGACAGGAGUACCAGGCCAGCCACUAAACUUCAAAGCAGAACCUGAGUCUGAAACCAGCAUUUUGCUUUCGUGGACACCCCCACGCUCUGACACCAUUGCUAGCUAUGAGCUCGUUUACAAUGAUGGGGACCAUGGAGAAGAGCAACGGAUUACCAUCGAGCCUUCAACAUCUUACCGGCUGCAAGGGCUGAAACCAAACAGUUUAUACUAUUUCCGUCUUGCUGCCCGAUCUCCUCAAGGCCUGGGUGCCUCCACGGCUGAAAUCUCAGCCAGAACCAUGCAGUCAAAGCCAUCAGCUCCUCCUCAAGACAUUAGUUGCACCAGCCCCAGCUCCACUAGCAUUUUGGUAAGUUGGCAACCUCCACCAGUGGAAAAACAGAAUGGCAUUAUCACUGAAUACUCCAUCAAGUAUACAGCAAUGGACGGAGAAGAUGACAAACCUCAUGAGAUUGUGGGAAUACCUUCAGACACUACCCAGUACCUUUUGGAACAGUUGGAAAAGUGGACUGAAUACCGGAUCUCUGUGACAGCCCACACUGAUGUUGGACCUGGCCCUGAGAGCUUAUCUGUAUUGAUUCGGACCGAUGAAGAUGUUCCUAGUGGUCCUCCUCGCAAAGUCGAGGUAGAGGCUGUCAACUCAACAUCUGUUAAAGUGUCAUGGCGCUCACCUGUGCCCAAUAAACAGCAUGGCCAGAUACGAGGAUACCAAGUGCAUUAUGUGAGGAUGGAAAAUGGUGAGCCCAAGGGUCAACCCAUGCUGAAGGAUGUCAUGCUGGCUGAUGCACAGUGGGAAUUUGAUGAUACUACUGAACAUGACAUGAUCAUUUCUGGACUGCAACCAGAAACUGCCUACUCCCUUACAGUUACAGCCUAUACAACCAAAGGGGAUGGAGCUCGCAGCAAGCCCAAAUUGGUGUCCACCACUGGUGCAGUUCCAGGGAAACCCCGGCUGGUGAUUAGUCACACUCAGAUGAACACUGCACUCAUCCAGUGGCAUCCUCCUGUUGACACAUUUGGCCCCCUUCAGGGCUAUCGUCUAAAAUUUGGUCGAAAGGACAUGGAGCUGCUCACUACCCUUGAAUUCUCAGAGAAAGAAGACCACUUUACUGCUAUGGAUAUCCAUAAAGGAGCAUCUUACAUCUUUAGGCUCUCCGCUAAAAACAAAGUGGGCUUCGGGGAGGAGAUGGUCAAGGAGAUUUCUGUUCCUGAAGAAGUACCCAAUGGAUUCCCCCAGAACCUCCACUCAGAAGGCACCACGUCAACAUCAGUGCAGUUAUCCUGGCAGCCACCCGUCUUAGCAGAGAGAAAUGGCAUUAUCACCAAGUACACCCUUCUGUACAGGGAUAUCAACGUCCCCCACCACCCGGUAGAGCAGCUCGUUGCUCCUGCUGAUACCACCAUGACACUUACUGGCCUAAAACCAGAUACCACAUAUGAUGUAAAAGUACGUGCUCACACAAGCAAAGGGCCCGGUCCGUAUAGUCCAAGUGUCCAAUUCAGGACGCUGCCUGUGGAUCAAGUGUUUGCAAAAAAUUUUCAUGUCAAAGCAGUAAUGAAGACGUCAGUAUUGCUGUCUUGGGAGAUUCCAGAGAAUUAUAAUUCUGCCAUGCCUUUCAAAAUCCUUUAUGAUGAUGGGAAAAUGGUAGUUGAGGUAGAUGGCCGGGCCACACAGAAAUUAAUUGUCAACCUAAAGCCUGAGAAAUCCUAUUCAUUUGUCCUGACAAAUCGAGGGAAUAGUGCCGGUGGUCUUCAGCACAGGGUGACAGCAAAGACAGCUCCAGAUGUCCUGCGUACCAAGCCUGCCUUCAUUGGGAAAACCAACUUGGAUGGGAUGAUAACUGUGCAACUGCCAGAAGUACCAGCAAAUGAGAACAUAAAGGGUUACUACAUAGUAAUUGUGCCUUUAAAGAAGUCACGUGGAAAAUUUAUCAAGCCAUGGGAAAGUCCAGAUGAAAUGGAAUUAGAUGAGCUUCUUAAGGAGAUAUCUCGGAAACGCAGGAGCCUCCGUCACGAAAGAGAGGUUGAACUAAAGCCAUAUAUUGCUGCUCAUUUUGAUGUUCUUCCUACUGAAUUCACCCUGGGGGAUGAAAAACAUUAUGGUGGCUUCACAAACAAGCAGCUCCAGAGUGGUCAAGAGUAUGUCUUCUUCGUCUUGGCCGUCAUGGAGCACGCAGAGUCGACCAUGUAUGCAACCAGCCCUUACUCAGAUCCUGUCGUAUCAAUGGACCUCGAUCCCCAGCCCAUGACAGAUGAAGAAGAAGGAUUGAUCUGGGUUGUAGGGCCUGUGCUUGCAGUUGUGUUUAUCAUUUGCAUUGUCAUAGCUAUCCUUCUCUACAAAAGUAAACCUGACAGGAAGAGGGCAGAAUCUGACUCUAGAAAAAGCAGUAUACCAAACAGUAAAGAGGUUCCUUCUCAUCAUCCAACUGACCCAGUCGAGCUAAGGCGCCUCAAUUUUCAAACACCAGGUUCAGGUGUAUCCGGUUACGCUGGUAACCUUCAUCCAAGCAUGGCUAGCCAUCCUCCCAUACCGAUUUUGGAACUUGCUGAUCAUAUUGAAAGGUUGAAAGCUAAUGACAACCUGAAGUUUUCCCAGGAGUAUGAGUCGAUUGACCCUGGUCAACAGUUCACAUGGGAGCAUUCAAAUCUGGAAGUAAACAAACCAAAGAAUAGAUACGCAAAUGUAAUUGCAUAUGACCAUUCUCGAGUACUUUUAUCAGCAAUAGAAGGGAUACCAGGGAGUGAUUAUGUCAAUGCCAACUACAUAGAUGGCUAUAGGAAACAAAAUGCCUACAUAGCAACCCAAGGAUCACUGCAAACAUUUGGAGACUUCUGGAGGAUGAUGUGGGAGCAAAGAGGGGCAACUGUUGUCAUGAUGACAAAACUGGAGGAACGAUCCAGGGUGAAAUGUGACCAGUAUUGGCCCAGCAGAGGCACAGAAACAUAUGGGCUGAUUCAGGUGACGCUGCUAGAUACUGUGGAAUUGGCAACAUAUUGUGUUCGAACAUUUGCACUUUACAAGAAUGGUUCAAGUGAGAAGAGAGAAGUGAGGCAGUUCCAGUUCACAGCGUGGCCAGAUCAUGGGGUACCAGAGCAUCCAACACCUUUCCUAGCUUUCUUGCGACGAGUCAAAACCUGUAACCCUCCAGAUGCUGGUCCUAUGGUUGUUCACUGUAGUGCGGGAGUCGGCAGGACUGGCUGUUUCAUCGUGAUAGAUGCCAUGUUAGAAAGAAUAAAGCAUGAAAAAACUGUAGACAUUUAUGGUCACGUAACUUUAAUGAGAGCCCAGAGGAAUUAUAUGGUUCAAACGGAGGACCAAUACAUCUUUAUCCAUGAUGCACUGUUAGAAGCAGUAACAUGUGGAAAUACCGAAGUGCCAGCUAGAAACUUGUAUGCAUAUAUUCAGAAGCUGACACAAAUAGAGACAGGAGAGAAUGUCACAGGAAUGGAACUGGAAUUUAAGCGUCUAGCUAGCUCUAAAGCUCACACUUCGAGAUUCAUCAGUGCCAAUCUUCCAUGUAAUAAAUUCAAAAAUCGCCUUGUUAAUAUUAUGCCAUAUGAAUCCACAAGGGUAUGCCUGCAGCCAAUCCGAGGGGUGGAAGGAUCUGAUUACAUCAAUGCCAGCUUUAUUGAUGGAUACAGGCAACAAAAAGCUUACAUAGCAACACAGGGACCCUUGGCAGAGACAACUGAAGAUUUCUGGCGGAUGCUGUGGGAACACAACUCCACAAUUGUUGUGAUGCUCACCAAACUCCGAGAAAUGGGCAGAGAAAAAUGUCACCAGUAUUGGCCUGCAGAACGUUCAGCGAGGUAUCAAUACUUUGUGGUAGACCCAAUGGCUGAGUACAAUAUGCCACAGUAUAUCCUAAGGGAAUUCAAGGUCACAGAUGCCAGGGAUGGUCAGUCCCGAACAGUGAGGCAAUUCCAGUUCACUGACUGGCCAGAGCAAGGAGUGCCAAAAUCCGGAGAGGGGUUCAUUGACUUCAUUGGCCAAGUACAUAAAACAAAAGAGCAGUUUGGACAAGAUGGGCCUAUCUCAGUCCAUUGCAGUGCGGGUGUUGGAAGAACAGGUGUCUUUAUAACACUGAGCAUUGUAUUGGAAAGAAUGAGAUAUGAAGGUGUUGUAGAUAUCUUCCAGACUGUCAAAAUGCUAAGGACACAAAGGCCAGCCAUGGUACAGACAGAGGAUCAGUAUCAGUUCUGCUACCGUGCUGCACUAGAAUACCUGGGCAGCUUUGAUCACUAUGCAACGUAAAAUCCCCUGCCCCUACCUGGAUCUUUACUGCAGGCCUUUUAAGAUCUGGAGAGCCUCUUCUGAGCCAUACACCAUGCUGGAGAAGGACUUCGCAACUUCUAGCUAAAGACCAAUCAGUGGGAAUACUAAAAACAAAACAAACAAAAACAAAGGAAAAAAAAACAAAUAAAAAACUAUUCCAUGUGGACCAAGAAUUCACAGUUUAAUAAUCUAACCAGAAAAAUAAUAAAGAGAAUCCUGACUGGUGAGGCAUCUGAAGGAUUUCAUUUACAGAUACCUUAAGGAUUCAACUUUGGUUGAAAUUAAAGGGAAGAGGAAAUUAUUGCAAAGAACCAUCAUCUUGUCCCGGAUUGCAUGAAAGGGGAAAUCUGGAGAGUCCUGCAAUUCAGGACAAGAUGUUUGUUAAGCAGGCCACUUCCUGGACUUCUUAAACUACAGCAACAUCAACCACAACCACAAACACACCAAUGGACUCUGCUUCAACAUCACCCCUUCCCACCAUACUGCUCAUAAUAACACUCUAGGGGAAAGGGGAGGGGGGGAAUGUUUAAAAAGAAAGUCCUUGAUUUAGUUUUUUAGUAUUGUAAAGAUACUGCUGACCUGUGCUUCAUUUUUAACUGUGUAAACUUCUUUCCUCUUUUUUUUUAACAAAAGGUUAUUAUUCAGUGAAGUGAAUUUAAAGACAAAAGUUGCAUAACUUCAUUUUUUAUUUCAAAAUCUUAGAUUUUUUUUAAGCAGUAGAACUGUUAUCUGUAAUAUCUUGCUGUAGAAAUAUUAAAUAAUUUGAAAAUUUGCACAUUUUUGUGCAGUCCUAUAUUUAUCUACAGUACCACAGUCUUGUCAGAUAUUACUUUUAUACUUCUGUUCAGUUUCAUUGUACAAGGAAGUACCCAUUUUAAUUGGAUAAUCCAAGUGAGGGGUCUGGGUUUUGCCUUUCUUUUUUUGUUUGUUUUUCUUUCCUUUUCGGAAUCAACAGGGAGGCGCAAAGUAUAAAGCUGCUGCUAACAUAUAGAUAUAUAUAUAGAUAUAUAUAGAUCCAUUCCUCAUGGAUGUAUAUGUAUGUAUGUAUAUAUAGUGUAUCCUCUCAUGAAUACAGAGAUAGCUAUUAGUUCUUCCACAAUUUGAUUUCUUUAAAGUGGUGGACAAGGUAUCUAGAACACCGCAUUCAAUUAUAUUUUUUUACAUUUUUACAUUACUGAAUUUCAGAAAACUUUGGUUUUAAGGGAAAUGAGGAAUGCACAUCAGUGGUCGUCAAACCUCACCCCUAAGUCCUUGCCCCACCCCCCAAAUUCAUACUCAUACUCAAGUAACAUUUUGUUAGUGAGGCUUCCAAUGAAGUUCAAUAUUUGUAACCCUCUAGUGCAAUAAAAAUCAUAUUAUUAAAUAUUAAAUAAGAGGUGUGCAUGUGGGAAAGGUCAGUGCAUAUCCCUUUAGGAGGGGAGAAUGUUGUAAUAUAUCAACUAUCAAGUUGUUUUAAAAAAAGUGUAUUCAAUCGUAUAUUGUCUAUAGUAUGUGCUACGAAAUUUGCAUUUAUGAUAUGUAACAGGGGCAAAGCCAAACUCAUGUUGCUCUGUUCAGUCAGAAACAUUGUGUGGCAUUCAGCAUUCCUGGAAAAUGCUGGUUUUUACUUUAAUUUUGCAUUUAGAGUGCCUUAUAAUUGAUGCCUAUUUUAAUAGCGUUUCUUUUUCGCUUUUUGUUUCUAUUUACAUUAGUUAUUCAUAUCUGUUAACCUUCCAAUUAAAGCAUUAUCUUUUUAGCACAUGUACAAAAAAUACUUUGAGUAAUAAUGCAUUCCUAGAUUUCACCUGAGUAGGGGAUGUUAAUGAGUGAAUAUACCAGCCCAAAGCACUUAGAUAGUCAGGGCCCUAUUUCCUUCCAUAAUUCCCUACAUCAAGCAAGGCUACUAAUUCCCUUCAAACAGUCCCUUCUAAAUCUGCUCUCAGAACUGAGUCAUGUAAUGCCAGUAUUGAUAUUGGGAACAUGGAGUACUGCACUAGAUGUAUUUGUUUUAAGGAAAAACACAUCAUUGGCAACCUUUAGAGCAUCAUCAGCACUGCAUUUGGAUUUUUUAAGUAGGAGGAAAAGCCCACCAAACAUCAUCAAAUAUUUCCUAGAAAAUAUGUAGGAAGCCAUGGAGGACAGUACUGGUUUCUGCCUUGUCCUGUACCAUAUUGAGCAACUCUUUAAAAAUUUUUUUCCAAGGAACUCUGAAAGAGGUUCGGUAUAAGUAUAAUACCACAGUUUGAGUUUAACUGCAUGUGUAUUCCACAUAUAAGGCUAUUUUUUUCCAUAUUUUCCCAUUGCUAGCAGAAAGAAAUCCAAGAGACCAAACACUUGCAAGCAUUGUAUUUGAGCACUUUUGUAAAAAAUAUAUAUAUAAUAAUAAUAAUAAAAAAAAGUAUCUAGAAGGCUACCUCAGAAUGAGACUCUAUAACCUACAUCAGAACCAGAGAAGAAUGUGCACUAUGUGGUUUUAUUGUUGUGUUUUCUUUUAAUUUGUAUCUUUUGAUGAGUUAUUAAAAGUGCCAGAUAACUUAGUGCAGUAAUGUUCUUUUAGCCAAACAUAGGGAGUCAGCCAGACAUGCAUCAUGGAAACACACCAUUUUGGAAAUGUAGAAUCGGAAGGACCAUUGCCCACCAGAGCUGUCAGUCUAAGAGCAAUGUCUCUCCAGAAAACUUCUGCCCAUUUGGUAAAAACAAGUGACAAGAAUAAUCACAA